AUGGAGCUUCCGUUACUCUCGUACGCCAACUCCGCCUCAUUUUCGCGAGCAGGCUUAUGCUCUUCAUCCUCAUCUUCCUCCUUCAUUAGUAUCAGAGACUCCCCGGAGAGAAGACGGGGCUUGAGAAUGAGAUCCAACGGCGGCGAAAAUUCCCGAGGCGUUAAAGUUUCCGCCGGCCGAAGCAGCGAAGGAAUCGAUAAGACUGACGGCGUCGGAGGAGCGAGACAAUUCGCCGGCCCUGCCAUGGAGGUCACUACACUUGAUCGUGGCUUCGCUAACUCCACCACCGUUGAUUUCCCGAUCUGGGACAAAAUCGGCGCCGUCGUUAGACUUACUUACGGAAUCGGAAUAUAUGGAGCAAUGGCUGUAGCAGGAAGAUUCAUAUGUUCAGUGACUGGAAUCGACUCGACUGGUGGAUUUGAUCCUUCUCUUGACGCACUUCUCGCCGGACUUGGCUAUGCAACACCACCAAUCAUGGCUCUUCUCUUCAUACUCGAUGAUGAAGUUGUGAAACUAUCACCGCACGCACGAGCCAUCAGAGAUGUGGAAGAUGAGGAACUCAGAAGCUUUUUCUUCGGAAUGUCCCCAUGGCAGUUUAUACUCAUUGUUGCAGCCAGUUCCAUAGGAGAAGAGCUCUUUUACCGUGUUGCUGUUCAGGGUGCUCUGUCUGAUAUGUUCUUGAGAGGAACACAGUUGAUGACAGAUUCAAGAGGCAUGGCAUCUCUGACCGGAGUCUUGCCUCCGUUUGUCCCAUUUGCUCAAGCGUUUGCAGCUGUGAUCACAGCGACUCUCACAGGCUCUCUCUACUUUCUUGCUGCUUCUCCUAAAGAUCCGACAUACAUUGUUGCACCGGUUUUAAGGUCACGCCGCGAUGAUUUCAAGAAGCUUCUCUCAGCUUGGUACGAGAAGAGACAGAUGAAGAAGAUUUACUCUCCCCUCCUCGAAGGGCUGUUAGCACUUUACCUUGGGAUUGAAUGGGUUCAGACGGAUAACAUUUUAGCUCCGAUGAUGACGCAUGGUAUAUACUCGGCGGUUAUAUUAGGACAUGGGCUGUGCAAAAUUCACGAUCACCGGAGAAAAUUACGACGCAGAGUCGAACGGAUUAGAGCGGAGACCACCGAUGAGUUAAUUUAA